AAUAAUAAAAUAAAUAUAGUCUAUACCUGCAGUCGAAUACUCGAGUCUCGAAUAAAAUAUGCGCUAUAGACAUAUAACUAGGUACAUAAAAAAAGUAUACUAAAGUACUAUGAUGAAGAGAAAGUGGUCACUGGUCCGUCCAAAAAAAAAAAAAAAAAAUUAGCCUGUUUAAAUUUUGGCACCAGACACCACACCCCUAUUAAAAAACUCAAAUGGUGCUUCUGAUCUAAGGUAUAUUGUUCCACAGAACGAAAUAUGUAAUAAUAAUUAUUAAUUUAUUAUUUAUGUGACUGUACUAUGGCCACUAAAGUCGUGAUGUCCGUAUAAUGCACCACGAAGAAAUUGUAUUUAUUCUUUAAUAGUGCUGUCUCACGAGUAUUUUUUUAGCCAUACAUGUGCUGUCCACAUGGUUUUUAUUAUCACGAUUUGCGAAUUAUCACGAUAAAUAUAAAAAUGUCAAUUAAGUGAUCGAUUGUACCUGCAAUCACUACUUGUAGUAUUAUUGUCAAUGGCUACGGCAAAAAGCAGUGCACAUAAGCAUGACCAGAUGUUGGCGCUUCGGCAAUCGGCAGACGGCAAAACGUGGUACCUAUUUGUAACGAUUAAACUAUACUAGUGAUCGUGAUGGCUUUUGGUAUCGUUGAUUAUAUUGUGUUUGCAAUAAUGUUACUAAUGUCAGCUUCAAUAGGUAUAUACUACAGAUUUACUGGUGGCAAACAGAAAACAACACAAGAAUAUAUGUUGGGCAAUAAAAAUCAAGGCAUUAUACCUGUAGCAUUUUCGUUGAUGGCCAGUUUUAUGUCUGCUAUAACAUUAUUUGGCGUGAGUGCGGAGAACUAUUACCAUGGUACACAAUUUGUUGCUAUUAAUUUAUCUUAUGUAUUGGGUACUCCAAUAAUUGCAUACGUAUUUUUACCUGUAUUCUUCAAACUUGGAAAUUUGUCUGUUUAUGAAUACUUAGAAAGAAGAUUUGGUCUAUUGACAAGGACUUUUACAUCUAUGGCGUUUAGCAUGCAAAUGAUCCUUUAUAUGUCAAUAGUUUUGUAUGCGCCGUCAUUGGCUUUAGGAGCUAUAACUGGAUUAUCCUUAACCUCUUCUAUUAUACUAGUGGGUUUAGUAUGUGUAUUCUAUUCAACAAUUGGAGGAAUUAAAGCAGUCAUUAUUACAGACGUAUUUCAAUCAUUACUUAUGUUUGCUUCAAUAUUUGCUGUAAUUGGAGUUGCUAUGUAUGAAACUGGUGGAAUAUCACAAAUUUGGAAGAUUGCUGAUAAAUAUGGACGAAUUGAAUUUAAUAAUUUUAAUAUAGAUCCCACAGAAAGACAUAGUUGGUUUAGUCUGGUGAUUGGUGGUAUGUUUACCUAUGUUUCAUUGUAUGCAAUUAAUCAAACACAAGUACAGAGGUAUUUAACUAUGAAAGACUACAAUACAGCUGUGAAAUCUUUAUGGUGUAGCCUACCCCUUUUGUCAUUGCUAUCUAUUUCAACAAGUUUUUCUGGGUUGGCAAUGUUUUCAAAAUACCACGAUUGUGAUCCUAUCAAGUCAGGUCGUAUAUCACGCGGUGACCAGUUAAUGCCUUUGUAUGUAUCAGAUACUAUGGGCUCAGUUCCAGGAUUAACUGGUUUAUUUGUUGCUGGUAUAUUCUCAGCUGCACUAAGUUCUGUUUCACCAGUGCUUAAUUCUUUAGCUGCAGUUACAAUGGAAGAUUAUCUUAAGCCUUUUAUGAAACAAGAGAUUUCAGAUAAAAAACGAGUAUUUUAUAUGAAAAUGUUAGUCCUUACCUAUGGUGCAAUUUGUUUGCUAUUAGCUUUUUUGAGUCAAUAUUUGGGCUCAAUACUUCAAACAUCAUUGAUUAUAUUUGGAGUGAUUGGCGGACCAGUAUUGGCAGUAUUUACUUUGGGAAUACUAUUACCUCAUGUUAACCAAAAAGGUUCAUUGACUGGGCUUGUAACUGGCUUGGUAUUUUCAUUUUUAAUUGGGUUUGGUAGACCUAAAGACAAAAAUUUGCCAACAUACAUAAAUGGAUGUUCAGGGCUAAAUGAAACUCUUCAACUAUCUUCCUUGUUACAUAAUGAGUUACCAAAUGAUAAUAAUUAUUAUUGGUAUCGCAUUAGUUAUUUAUACUGUAUAGUUCUUGGGUUUUUGGUAACAUUCUUAGUUGCACUUGUGGUUAGUUCAAUUUUCAAAGAAGCACAUUGUGAUAAUCCAGAUUUAUUUACACCAUUUGUUGCCCAACGAUUAAGAAAGCAUGGAUUAUUAUUGAAAAAAAAAAAUUUUGUCAAAAUGGAUAUAAGAAGUCCAGAUGAGUUAAAUCAAAUAUUAAGUUGAAAUGAAUUGGUUACUUUUUUUUUUCACAAUACAUUGUUGAAGAUCUUUUUAUAUUCAUAUUAUCUGGUAUAUGUGUUUUAUAUAAUAAAUAAUAAUGAUAAACCUUU